AGUUUCUAGUCAUGUUAUCAAUGAGUUGAUUAUCAUCAUAAAAAAAACUAUUUCCAUAAAUAGUUAUUAAAAACCUCUUAAUGUUAGUUCUUUUGAAGUGCAAUCGAAACUUAAUUUCUUUAUGUAAACGAAUUUCUGAACGCGAAGUAAUUUUUCAAUUGUUCUAAAUUGUAACCACCAAGAAGGGAGUGUUCUGAUAAGGAGACUAAAGUUCAUAAGUUAUCUAUUUUUAAAAAAAUCAUUUAAUAACGUAUGUUUAUGACUUCCUAAUGAAAUAGAUUUACAUUUUAUCUUUUAAAUCUUGUUAAGAGAUUUCGGAAAAACGAUAAGAAUGUCUUCCAUUUUAACGUACGUUAAAAAAUCUCCUGUUUCGCAUCUUUUAAUGACCAUCACAUUUUUUAUAUCUGGAAUAAUCCUCAAUAUUAUUCAAGGCUCUCUAUAUUAUUUUUUAAGACCUUUCUGUAAAUUUGCUUAUAGGAAGUUAAAUUAUUAUCUGUGCUACUCAUUAUAUUCACAACUUGUAUUCUUAGCAGAGUGGUGGUCUGGAAGUGAUCUCAUUGUGUAUUCUGACAGUGAUAAUUUUAAAAAAUAUUUUGGACGAGAGCAUGGCUACCUUAUAAUGAACCACACUUAUGAGAUAGAUUGGUUAAUUGGUUGGAUAUUCUGUGACCGAGUUGGAGUUUUGGGUAAUUGCAAAGCAUAUGCCAAGAAAAGUAUACAAUACUUACCAACAAUGGGUUGGGCGUGGAAGUUCAGUGAGAGUGUCUUCCUUGAAAGAAACUAUGAGAAAGAUAAAGAUAUGAUUGGCCGGCAAGUAGCUGAGAUUGCUCAGUAUCCUGAUCCAAUGUUUUUGCUGUUAUUUGCUGAAGGCACACGAUUCACUGAGGAUAAACAUGAAGCAAGCCUCAUAUUUGCUAAGGAUAAAGGUUUACCUCUUCUGAAAAGGCAUCUGACUCCUCGGACUAAAGGUUUUAUUUCUAGCCUCGCACAGCUACGAGGCAGAGUGCCAGCUAUAUACAAUAUAGAGCUCUGCUUUGAUACCAAUGACUCUGUCAAACCGACAGUAAUGAAUCUGCUCAUGGGUAGACCUGUCACUGGACAUAUGUACAUUGAGAGAGUGCCCUUAGAUAGUGUUCCCGAAGAUGAGGAGAAGGCAUCUCUCUGGUUGAGAGAGUUGUAUAUUAAGAAGGAUCGUUUGAUGGACAGUUUCCUGACCCACGGUGAUUGGUUCACCAGCUCUGGAGUGCCUAAAGUUGAGGGAAGAAGGCUGCCGAGGAGACCCUACUCGUUGCUGAACAUGGUUUGUUGGGCACUGGUGACCCUGAUACCUAUGGUGUAUAUGCUCAUCAAGCUUUUGACAUCGGGAUCCACUUUUUACGUAUCUAUUGGGAUACUGAUAAUUUUCAUCUUUUUCUUUGUGCUGUAUCAACUGAUUGGACAGACCAAAAUAAGCAAAAGUUCCUCAUAUGGUAAAGCUGCUCCAUCAACUCCUGAUAAGAGAGAUGCCGAAGAGAAAAACAAAUCUUCAUAAGGUACCUUCAAGAUGCUACGAUCAGUUUAAAAAAAAGGUUGUAAUUUAAAUAAAUGACUUCUCAUGAGGAUCUUAUUGAUCUGGCUAGUUUUGAGUGAGAUUAUUAGU